UCAAAAUUACUUCCGUUAUUUUAGCUCAAUGAAUUACGGUUCAAUCGGUGUAGUAUUGGCACACGAAAUAACACACGGAUUCGAUAAUAAUGGCCGUCUACACGAUGAAUUUGGGAAUGUUAGGAAUUGGUGGAAGAAGGAAACUGCUGCCGCAUUUCAAAAACAAAAACAAUGUUUUGUUGACCAAUAUGAUGCUAUUACAGUAAAUGGAUUGGAUGGAUUACAUAUUAAUGGAAAAAUGACUCAAGGUGAAAAUAUAGCAGAUAAUGGAGGGAUGAGAGCUGCAUAUAAUGCAAUGGAAAUAGCAUUAAAAAAGAAUUCUAUAGCCUCUCAAAAAAAACUGAAAGGAUUGGAAGAGUUUAGCGCUGAGCAAUUGUUCUUUAUAAACUACGCCUUUAGUUGGUGUACAAACCAACGCCCUGAAGCUGCCAUUUUUGGAGCUGUUUAUGAUGUACAUUCGCCUCCUGAAGCAAGGUAUAGUUAA